AUGUCCCAUCUCAGCUGGGCCAAGGUCCCUGGGAGCGCCGACAAAGCCUCGUUCAACUUCCACGCCUACAGCCAAGCCGUCCGCGUCGGAAACACCAUCCACUUGUCCGGGCAAGGAGGCUGGGAUACACAAACACAGGCGAUCAGCAGUUCCGUCCCUCGCCAAACCGACCAAGCCUUCGCCAACAUCGACGCCAUACUCCACGCCGCGGGCGGAAAGGGCUGGAGCCAAGUGUACAAGGUGCGCAGCUACCAUCUGGCUUUGGACGCAGAAGCGCAGGAUUCGAUGGCGAGAAAUUUUGACAAGUGGAUACCCGAGCACAAGCCGCUCUGGACUUGUGUGCAAGUUGGACGGCUGGCAGGGGAUGGGAUGAAGGUUGAGAUCGAGGUCGAGGCGCAUGUGCCUGUUGGGGUAAGUGAGUUGGAUGCUUGA